GUGAAAUAUUUAAAAAGUGGGGGUAUUUUCAUAAAGUCGAAGGAAUUCAACUUUGAUUGAUCUGGCGUAAAUUGUAAUUUGUACGUUUGUGUAAUUGUUCUACAGAACAUAUACUGAAGUGGCUUAGUUUAAUUCAUAACAAGUAAAAUGCCAAGCGAUAAGAAAAUAACAAACAUUUUGAAAAACUUGAACCAAUUUUCGUAUUCAUACGAAGUGACCCCGAAUGUGAAUUGGGAUAAGUUAGACAUAUUAUCAGUUAAUACAAAUUUCGUAUGUGUGACUUGGCACGCGAGGAAUUACGAUUUUAAAAGCUUCGACAUUGCUCCUGUGAAACUAGCAAAGCAUUUAAGAGAUAAAGGGAAGACGGUGUGUUUGCACUUAACAUGUGAUUUGAUGAAAAAAAAUUACCUUAACGGCUUGCUACGGCAUUUGCAAGAGCAUGGAAUUUGCAACUUAUUUAUUAUUUUAGGAGAAAGUUACGAUGGUAAGGGCACUGACUUCAAGUCUAGUCAAGAACUUAUUGAACACAUUAGAAAACAGGCUGGGGAUUACUUCUGCAUAGGAGUAGCAGGAUUCCCCAACUGUCCCGAAAAUGUAAUAGCACAGCUCAAAACUAAAGUGGAGGCUGGUGUGGAUUUCUUAAUUACAAAAGGGGUUUUCGACACAACUUCCUUCAAAACCUUCAUAGAAAAAUGUGCAAAAAUCGGAAUCACCAUACCAAUAGUUCCUGGUAUAUUUUACUACAACUCAGAAAAGGAACUAACAUAUUUAGCUAAAGAAUAUGGCAUCAGUGUACCUAAAGAAGUCAUAGCUGAAACCAAAAAAUCACCAGUUAAUUACCAGAAGAAAUUCAUUAGCCAAAUAUAUAACACAGACCCUAAAAUAAAACAGAUUCAUUUCUUCACUAUAGACAAAUUAGAUCCUGUUAAUAAGUUUGUUACAGAACUAAAAUUAUAA